GCUUACAGAGGAGGUGGUGGUGGUGCGCAGCCCAGUGCGCGUUCAGGCCUGUAGGAAACAGCACGAGACCUUCCGCAGAAGCGCGUGUUUUUGUCCGCAGAUAUUCUCUUUGAGGGACUCCGUCAGUGGGAGGAUUUUUGUGUCCGCCAUGUCGUCCAAGUUGGGUGUCGUCGCCAAACAGCUCAGGACUCACCCCUCUCUCAUCCCCCUCUUCGUCUUCAUCGGUGGCGGGGCAGCCAUGAGCAUGCUGUACUUGGCUCGUCUGGCUCUGAAGAACCCUGAUGUCUCAUGGGAUCGCAGGAACAACCCUGAGCCCUGGAACAAAAUAGAACCCAAUCAACAGUACAAACUUUUCACAGUUAACAUGGACUACUCCAAGCUGAAGAAGGACAGGCCCGAUUUCUGAGUCGACGUGUCUUCAUGCCUCUGUCUCUGACAUUAUUGUUGUUGUGAGGAGCCUUUGCACAUUUUGCCAAAAACAAAACAAACUUGUGACACUUAACGAUGGUUGAAUCACACCCUGUGAGCUGUGAGCUGGGGGGGGAUCAUUCAUUUAUCAAUGAAUAAGACAGGCGCACAUCUGUUUUACUAAUUGAUGAGUUUAUUUUUGACUUGGUUGUAAAUUAUUAAAACCACUUAAAUCACA